GAGUUCAUAGUACCCUGUUAUCACUUGGACCCUUUUGGGCCUUCCUCGGUUCCUUCAAUCCCUGAGGAAAUAAGGUACGAACACGGAGCCUUACGGAUAUCACAAAAGACCUCGACAACCGCAAUAAUCAAUAUGUAGCUCCCAAUGCUGACUUUGACUUUUUAGAUCAGUAAUGUGCUUUUUCCUCGCGAGCUUGGUCCUAAUGUACCUACCCACUCAUUGGAAUCUAGAGCAUUCCUUAUUCUUCUGCUCGUCUUCCUUAUUUUUUAACUUCGGAAUACUUAGGCGCUGGUAUUCUCGUUCCAGUCAACUUAACCCUCCGCUCGACACCUUUACAGCCAUGAGUAGGCUUCACCCCCCACCUCCCCUUAAGCUGCCUUUUCUAUCCUAG